AAACGCAAUCCGCGCUAGUUGGCAGCUCCGAGCGCACAGCUGGACUUUGCUGUCUCAAAAACUGCAGACCGAAACCAAAAUACGCACAAUUCGCUCAAAAACUUGUCAAAUUUGCACCUAAUUAUAAACAUUUAAUGACCAUUAAAUACUCAUAACUACAUUUGUGCCGACGAAAGUGUCGAGUGACAAUCGCAAACGUCUUUAUUGACCAGUGAAGCAUCCCAAAGAAGCUCAGUGCAUGUGGAUUGUUAGUGGAUCGUAAGCAAAAUGGAUACAACAACAAAAUUGCUUCAGCCCGAAAAUGCAACAAAUCCAAUUGUUUACUUCGAUAUUAGCAUUGGUGAAGAGCCAGCGGGACGCAUGAUAAUUGAACUGCGCAAGGAUGUGGUACCGAAGACGGCGGAAAAUUUUCGCGCUCUCUGUACCGGUGAAUGCGGAACUGGCAAGCUUGGGAAGCCGCUGCACUACAAAGGAACUCGCUUCCACAAGGUAAAGCGUGUGUAUGUGGUGCAAGGUGGCGAUGUGGUGAACAACGACGGCACCAGCGGCGACAGCAUUUAUGGACCCGUGUUUGAGGAUGAGAACUUUGACUUGACGCACAAGGACGAGGGUGUGGUCAGUAUGGUGAAUUAUGGCAAAGAGAAUACAAACAACUCGCAGUUUUUCAUCACUGCUGCCAGCUGCGAAAAUCUUAAUGGCAUCAAUGUCGUUGUGGGUCGAGUGUUGCGCGGUCUGGGAAUUGUAGCCGAAAUGGAACAGCACUGCAACGAUGAGGGUGAACCCACGGCUGAUAUAGUCAUUUUAAAUUGUGGAGAAUUGGCGCCAGGCGACGAUUGGUGCAUUAAUUGCUGUGAUGCGACGCCAGAUAAACUACCGCCCUAUCCACAGGAUUGGCCGGGCAAAUUUGAUAGGCCUACAAUAGACUCGGCUGUUGCCUUGCUCAACGGGCUGCGACAAGCAGGAAACUAUUACUUUCAAGCGGGAAAAUAUUUUGAGGCCUGUGCCAAAUAUAAGAAAGCUAAUCGCUACUAUUUGGCAUUACGCAAACAUUUCGACUGGCAGCAGUUGGAUCACAUCAAAGAAACCACUGGUGAUGCAGACUUGAGGAAAUUGGAUGCCUUCUCGGUAAUUAACCACAUCAAUUUGGCAGCCGUCGACUUAAAACUGAGCAACUACCUUAGUGCAAGAUACAAUACCACUGAAGCUAUACGGUUAGAUCCAAACUGUAGCAAAGCCUUAUAUAGACGCGGACAAGCUCAAAUUGCUUUGCGUAACUACGAAGAUGCCAUCACCGACUUGAAACGGGCCUAUAAACUGCUACCAGAUAACAAACAGAUUCUCAAUGAACUGAACAGCGCCAAGCAGCUGUUGGCUGCGUACAACAAGAAACAACGAAACGCACUGAAAAAUCUGUUCAAUUAAGUUUUACAAACCAACACGGUGUCUACUGGAAAUCAAAAGUGAAGCCGCCAGGUAUUUUGGGAUUCUUUUUCAUACUAUAUGUCGAAUAAGGGAUAAUACGAAUAUUGCUGGGAAAGAAAUAAGAAUUUGUGAAGCUGUCGUAUCGUUUUCAAUAUUGAAAUUUGCAAUUUGCAGCAAGCAGUCGAUACAUAUAUGGAAUGCAUAAAAAUGGAGAACAGAAAAAUAUCGUAAUUCGCUUUUUUACUAAAAAAUAUAGUCUUACUAUUUAAAAAAAACCAUAUUCCUAUUUGUGAAUUGUAAAACUAAACCUUUGUUUAGAAGAUAAACAAAAAUGAUCGAAUCGGUUUCGGCACGUACAAAUGUUACAAUCAAGUAAUAAAACAUAGAUAGCUCAACUAAUUUGGCUUAAUCGUGCUAUUUAGAUUUAGAUAUCAAACAAAACUGUUGUAAAAUUCACUUCAAUUUAUUCAUUUUUUAUCUAGAGACCCUCUAAAGAGAUUAUAUCUAAAAGGAUCAAAAAUAUGUUAAACAUGUUAUUUUCCACAAACUGAAAAAAGCUGAACUAAUUGGAAAAGUAAAAAAAAAAAAAAAACUAUUAUAUUUUUGUUGUUGUGUUAAUAAGAACUAAAGAAAAACCUUUACCUUGGCUAAUCAGUAGACACCCUGAUUAAACAACGAGUUUUACCAAAUAAUUAUAGCUGUAUACGUUGUCUAUAUACAUAAAUACAUAUACUUUGCUCCAAUUGUGUAUCUAGUUAAGUAAGUCUGUUGUGAACCUGAAUGAGAUACUAUGAAGUACUAUUUGUAAAUAAAUGUUUUGUUAUACCUAUGAAUAUA